CACUCUUCGUCCGCGGUUCUCGCGGUGUCGUCACUCACGACUCGCGAGUGAGACUCGGCUCGAGUUGCGCGUGCGACGUGCGCGUAGGGGCAUUCUCGCAGUCCAGGCUCGCACACAGAGACAGGCAGACAGGACGGGACGGGCCGUAGAGAGCGUGAGAGAGUGGGGCAGCGGAUGACAAUGAUGGCCGCCACCAGCGAUGAACGGAGUGUUAUGGAACCUGGGCGAAGGAAUUCGGGGCAGAGUCAGCCCGUGGACCGGCUGAAGCUGCUCUAUCCGAUGGUGAACGAGGACGAUACGCCGCUGCCGCGCUCCUGGAGCACGAGGGACAAGUACAACUACAUAGGCCUGUCGCAAAAUAAUCUCCGCGUUCACUACAAAGUGAGUCGGAUCCGCAUUCUUUCCCCAGGUUACGGCAAAACUCACAAAGACGCUGCCAGCGUUCGCACAACGCACGCGAUACCGGCCGCCUGCGGCUUGUAUUACUUCGAGGUGAAGAUCGUGAGCAAGGGACGGGACGGUUACAUGGGCAUUGGCCUCUCGGCGCGCGAAGUCAAUGUAAAUAGAUUACCAGGUUGGGACAAGCACUCAUACGGUUAUCACGGUGACGACGGUCACAGUUUCUGCUCAAGCGGCACCGGACAACCUUACGGGCCGACCUUCACCACCGGCGACGUAAUCGGCUGCGGCGUAAAUCUCGUUGACAACACCGCCUUCUACACAAAAAAUGGUCAUCACUUGGGCAUCGCCUUCACGGACCUUCCCACCAGUCUCUAUCCAACGGUCGGUCUGCAGACUCCAGGUGAGGUGGUUGAUGCCAACUUCGGACAGUUACCUUUCGUCUUCGACAUCGGGGAUAUGAUCAACGAAUUGCGUGUAAGAACGAGAUUACAGAUCAUAAACUAUCCCACGCCGGAUCACGGCCAGGGCCAGUGGCAGGCGAUUCUUCACAGAAUGGUGUGUACGUAUCUCGUCCAUCACGGGUAUCUCGACAGCGCCGAGGCAUUCGCCAGCAGCACGGGCCAGGUGUUCCAGGAGGACUACAGCUCCAUUAAAAAUCGACAAAGGAUUAUAAAGCUGGUAUUGUCCGGUCGUGUGGGCGAGGCGAUAGAAGUGACUAAUCGGUUAUACCCCGGUCUGCUCGAUGGAAAUCCGGAUCUACUGUUCGCACUCAAGUGCCGUCAAUUCGUGGAAAUGGUGAACGGCAGCGAUUCGGAGGUUUGUCCGAGUGGCAAUCCAAAUCAAACCAGUGUGAUACAAUCGACCAAAGCAUAUGUGAAGUCCGCAACCGGUACUGUAGAAGAGAUGAAUAUCAGUAACGCAAUGAACGGCACCAGCGGCCCACAGUUCGUCAAUGGUCAAAUAGAGGAUGAUGUAGACAUGGAGGAGAGCGGUGUCAACGCUGUGAACGGCAUCAAGAACAGUAACGGGUAUCAGAAUGGUAAUCUGAGCUCGAAUGGGUACAAGUGUCAAAAUGGGGAGGAUGUAGAUAUGGAAAUCGACAACAGUGCCAAUCAAAGUCAGCAGCAGAGCAGCAACAUUACCACUACCACCGAUAGUGCGACAAAUAAAAGUAACAAGAAGCAAUUGUGCGGCGGUAACAAGCAGGCAAUCGAGAAGAUGUUGGAGUUUGGCAGGCAAUUGUACUCGCAAUCGAUGCACCUGAGACAGCAGUGCGAAACGAACGACAUCAAUAAGAAGAUGUUGCAGGAUGCUUUCAGUCUAUUGGCAUACUCCAAUCCGUGGAACUCACCUGUCGGUUGGCAACUCAAUCCACAGGAGAGGGAAACAGUCUGCCAGAGGCUGAAUUCUGCUCUUCUCCAUUCUAGUAACUUAGACUCUCAACCACCCUUGGAAGUCGCGGCAACCCACACAAGAAAGCUUGUCCGCGCGAUGUCGACUGCCAACUUAGGGGCUUGCGGAUUUGCAGUAGUAGAUAAUAUUAUCCAAUAUUGACGGUGCCUACCUCUGCUACCACGUCCGCCUCUUCUACCAGCGCGAGUAUGGACGCGGAGGCGGAACGUGGAGCAGAUUGUUCUGUUAACGCAGCAACAUCGCGAUGUCGCGUGCCUCUUCAGCUAGAGCAGCCGGAUUCGUCGGUGCCUUGGCUCGAUCUCACACCACAGACACGAAUAUGCAAGAUGAACGCUCAGACCUGCCAACAAAAAUGACACCUCGUAAAUUUCUAGCUUAAAUCGGAGAUGGACGGUUACCUUGGGAUUACUAUGCCGACCAAGAGCGAAAAACGGCAGUUCAUGAUGAUGCUGGUCCCCCGUUCCCGGCGAUCAUCCCACGUUUUUGACAUUAUUGUGACUAUUUAUAUUGAUUUUCUGUAUCUUCCUUUUUCUCUUCUUUAUACUUUCUUUUGUCUUUGUAUCUGACAUCAGUUUAUCUUGGAGUUCGCGAUUAUCUCUCGGUCGUUUAAUCGCGUUUAACGCGUCAUCCCCAAAUGAACGCGCAACAUCGGCACGUCGUCACGCGAAUAUCUCAAAUUGCGCGUAGUUAUUUAGCCGCAAGUAUUGUGCAAUACGACGAUUUCACGACACGAGAACGUUAUCGGUGAUAAAAAAAAAAACGGAAUGUAGCCAAAGUCACUCCGCGCAAAGCGAUGUUACAGAACAUCGUCCUUGUCAUCAAAGUGGAAAUUCGCGUAUCUAGAAACGUAACGCGCGUUAUUUGAAAUUUAUUUAUUUGCAUUUAAAUGCGGGUUGUUUGUAUUAAAGAUGUAAUCAGUAAUGGAAAAUUAAAUAUCAAACACUCAACCUGAUUAGAUGCACAAGCCAAAAUUCGAAUGAUGAAGGGAAAUAACAAAAGUGGGACGCGUAUUGUUACAUAUCGCGUCUCGUUCGUUUCGUAAAAAUUUAGCCGUGUUAAUUUUAUCCAUUCGCAUUGGUUUAAUAAUUAACUUCUUAUAUAAUAUUUCACACAUCCUAACGAUAAAAUAUUACUUGCUUUAUUUGGACGAAUCGGCGCGAUGAUUUCUUUUUGUAAUUCGAUUUUCUAAUUCUGGGAGCGGCGGAAGCAUGUUCAUUUUAGAGAUGGACGACAUCUUACGUUUAUAUAUAAAUAGUUGCGAAAAACAAAAAAACCUGUAAACUUAACUAAGGAGCGAUCUUGUACUCUAUACUAAGUAAUUGUUUUUUAUAUGCGACAUAGUAUAUUAUUAUAUUAUAUAUUAUUAAAGAGUAAAAAAAAACGAGAGAGAGAAGAAAAAUCACAAAUAAGAAAAUCGUAUGCAGCUAGGCGUGCGUUUAAAUACAAUAAUUUUACUAUAUAUACACGAAAAAAUCAUAUUAAUUAAAAAAUAGAAUUAUCCGAAUCAAAUGAUUUUUAGUGUUAUUGUUUUGUGUACUAUAGAUAGAGCUAUAAUAUGAAUAUGUGCGAAUACAGCAUGGAUUUGGCUAACAUGUUUUGAUAAAUUAUUUUGUUUCGUCGCACAUGUUGUUGUUAUCGCGAUUAUCCCGCCACCUUUCUGUAAAUUCAUCUAUAACCUAUUGUUAUUAGGCUGAUUGGACAUUGAUUUUCGGGAAUAAUCGUCAUUGUUACUUCAAGAUUUGUUAAAGUUUUCGUUUUAUUUAUCGACGUGACCGGCGACAACAAAUUGACAACCUGCUCAUUCUUGUACAUCGGAUCGCGUACUCGCCGGUAUACGACAACAAUUUUAGCCGAAUCAUCGAGAUGCGCUCGGUAGAGAUCGUCGAUCUCACGCUGGUUCUGUCCCCGGACACAUUUUUUGUUUCGCGCCUUUCCGGUGGUUGGCUCUCGAAUUGUCGUUUUGCCCCCUAGCCUGCCUUCUGAGUCUUUCGACACCGAUACUUUCUCAAAAUGCAUAUAUAUUUUAGGUAAUAAAGAUACAUUGUAAUAUA